AUGCGUAUAAAUAUUAUCUGUGGUGUAAUUUCGGAACUUGGAAGGUGGAGAGCAGUGAUAAUGCCAGCAGAGCUGCAACUUCAAUUGUGUCAUCCACUCUGCUCCACAUCUAUGGCGUUCACAAGGGUAUACUCGUCAUCCUUGUCCUUCUUGUCCGCCGUCACAAGGUGCAGGCACGACGUGUUCUUGAGCUUCAGAGGCGAAGACACCCGCCACAACAUUACGCAGCAGCUACACAGGGCCUUGGAGGCGGCAGGCAUUCCAACCUUCAAAGACGACGUCAAACUCCACAAAGGGGGAGAGAUCGCGUCCGAGCUGCUAAAAGCCUUCCAAAUGUCGAGGAUUGCCGUCAUUGUCUUUUCAAGAAACUAUGCGAAUUCGGGGUGGUGCCUGGACGAGCUGGUGAAGAUCGUAGAGUGCAAGAACCAAGCUGGGCAGCUGCUUCUGCCUCUCUUUUACGAUGUUGAUCCUGUUGACCCUGGGAGUUUUGCGGAAGCGUUUGCCACACAUGAAGAGCGUUUCAGGGGAGGGAAUUUGGCCGAAAGCAAGCUAGAGAAGUGAAGGGCAGCUUUGACAGAGGCUGCUACUCUGUCUCAAGGAUGGGAU